AAAAAUAAACUGUCAUCAUAAGCUGUCACUAUUUUAUGAGAAUCUGAAACUUAAAAUAACAGUUUGAUAUGGAUUGGGAAUAUGUGUGGUGCGUUCUUCCAAUAUGCUGAAAAAUGAUCUAUUGAGUGCAUUCGAGGUACUUUCAACACAGGCCAAAGACUUAUUUUUAGAUAAACAAAUUUGCGAGCUUUUCUCAGAGCCAACGGCGCUGGAGUUUUCUCGUGAUUUUGUCGCAAAAAAUCGGCCGGUGAUCAUUCGAGGAGCAUGUUCAAAGUGGCAAGCAUCUUCAAAAUGGAAUGCAGAGUUUUUUCGUAGAACAACGUAUGGGAGAACGCUAACGAAAGUCGCUAUAACACCUAAUGGAUAUGCGGAUGGAAUUGCGGUGAAAAAGCCUGAAAACCAAGAAUAUUUUGUUUUGCCUGAAGAACAAACUAUGAAAAUGGAAGACUUUCUGGCGAAAUUGGAGGAAAGUGCAAAUCCAAACGUGUAUUACAUCCAAAAACAAAACUCCAACUUAUCAGAAGACUUUCCCGAGCUAUUGGGCGACAUUGACAUGCAUGCGUUGAAAUUUGCAUUCGAAGCGUUCAAUAAGGAACCAGAUGCGGUGAAUUUUUGGAUGGGCGAUCAGCGUGCAAUCACAUCCCUUCACAAAGACCCAUACGAAAACAUGUAUUGCGUGAUAUCUGGAUACAAAGAAUUCAUACUAAUUCCACCAACCGACUAUGCAUACGUUAAUCGAAGAAAAUAUCCGGUUGGUACCUAUAAGAUGGCACAGAAUGGAGAAAUGUUCAUCGAUCCAGUUGCUGACGAAAGUGGUGAACCAAUACAAAUUGAGUGGGUUAGUGUUGACCCCCUGAAGCCUAAUCAUAAUAAAUAUCCUGAAUUUCAGAAAAGCACUCCUUUUAAAGUCAGAGUCAACGAAGGAGACAUACUGUAUUUACCAAGCUUGUGGUAUCAUCAUGUUCAACAGAGCCAUAAAUGUAUAGCCGUCAAUUUUUGGUUUGAUAUGGACUACGAUGCUCGAUAUUGUUAUUAUAAGUUUGUUGAAAAAUUAUGUGGAAAUGGCCAAUAAAGGAAAUUGCGUUUUUCAUCUCAAUUGUUUACGAAUCACAAAA